UUUUUAUUUCUCUCGUGAUAACAUCCAAGCCAUAUAUGAGUGUAAAUGAGAUAGCGAACUUGAGUCUCACCAAAUUGUGAUUGCGAGAGCUUAGAACUGCAGCGGAAAUUGCAGAAGACCGGAAGCGGGGCAUUUUAUACAAUUAAAGCUUGAUCGAAAAGAUUCAACGUAUUUUUCACAAAAUCAAACUACCAAUUGAACAGAAAGAUAUAAGAAACCCAGUGAAUAAACAUGGCUCCAACUCAGAUUAUCAGAGGAUUACCGUUCCCGAAAGCCUCUUGGUUUUCCGAAAAAAACAUCGAAGAUACUCUAGAUUAUGUCCCUCAUGAUGGUGAUAUCAUUAUCGCUUCCUAUCCUAAAACGGGAACCACUUGGCUUCAAUACGUAGUGUUCCAAAUCUUAUCUCAGGGAGAGUUGUUUCCUAACAUUGAUGAUUGUAUAUACAAAUAUGCUCCAUAUCUCGAAAUGUCGGGAACAGCCGUUUUAGAAAAUAUGGAGAAGCCAAGAGUAUACAAACACCAUUGUCCUUACAACAUGGUACAGAAAAAUGACAAAGCUAAAUAUAUCUACAUUUAUCGGAAGCCGGAAGACACAAUUAUUUCUUAUUAUCAUUUUGCGCUUAGUUUGGGAUUCGAGACACCUGAACUGGAUGAAUUCUUCGAAGAUUUCAUAUCAGGAAAUAUAGGAUAUGGUCAUUAUUUCGACCACGUGUUGUCCUUCUUUGAUCAUAAAGACGAUGAGAAUGUACUGCUGGUGUCAUACGAAAAACUUUUACUCAAUAAGCGAGAGGAAAUUCUGAGAAUUGCGAAGUAUUUUGGUGAUGAGUAUUACCAAACUCUCUCUGAAAAUGAAUCUAUAAUGGAUAAAGUUCUAGAACACACAAGUUUUGAUUACAUGAAGAAGAAUCUUUCUUUAACGCAUCCUGGUGAAGAAGGUGCAAAAAGAAAAGUAAAUUUUUUUAGGAAAGGAACCAUUGGAGAUGGAAAGCAGUCACUGAAACCAGAGCAGUUGAAACGCCUGAAAGAUUUAGCAAAGAAAAAAUUGGAAGGAUCUGAUUUGCUCAAAGAAUGGUUUGAUGAGUGA